AAUAAACCAGGAUUUCUCUGUCAUUCAGGUUCAUCAAUACCAGCCAGAGCUCAUCAGGCAAUAUGGCGAAAGACAGUAAGAAGAUCGUGGUGAUCGGGUAGGUUCACACUGCCUGUACUCCGCAUCUUCCAAAAGAAAGACAUAAGAAAUGAAAGCUGACGAUGAAAUAAACAAUAUAGCGCAGGCGUAAUCGGCCUCAGCAGCGCCCUCCUGAUCCAAGAAUCCCUAUCCUUGAAGAAAGAAAACUACGAAAUCAUCAUAGCAGCCCAUGAAUUCCCCCAUCCCCACACAACCAAGACAUCAGUCAACUACGCUUCCAUGUGGGCAGGCGCACACCUCCGCCCCAUCCCAGCAUCCACACCCCAACUAGAACGCGAAGCAAGCUGGUUCCGAAAAACAGCAGCCAAGUUCAGGAGCCAAUUCCCCCAAGAGCCAUGGCUAGGCAUCCUUCCCCUUCGCGGGGUGGAGUACCUUGCCGUUCCGUCCGAAGCGUAUCAAAAUCUCGUGCGUUCUGAAGAUACCUUCACGAAAGAGACAGCGUUGGAGAAUCUCCGCGUCCUCAACGAGAAGGAGUUACCCGAUGGCGUGGCGUUGGGGUUUGAGUAUGACACGUUCUGCGUGAAUGCGCCGGUUUACUGUAUGGCGCUUCUGCGGAAAUUUUUGGUCCGUGGUGGGAAGACGAUUAACAGGAAUCUGAAGAGCGAGUGGGAGGCUUUUUCGUUGGAGAGUAAUGUGAGGCUGGUUGUUAAUGCGAGUGGGAUGGGGUUUGGGGAUUCGAAAAGCUUUCCUACGAGGGGCCAGAUCUGUCUCGUUUCAAACCCAUUCGACAAAACCAUAACCAGACAGCAUAAAGACGGGACAUGGUCGUUCGUCAUUCCCCGCUGCUUCGACGGUGGAACCGUCAUCGGCGGGACGAAAGAUGUCAACGACUGGAACUCCGAGCCCUCGCUGGCCACACGGGAGGAGCUCUUCCGGAAAGCCGUGGAGACUUUCCCGGAGAUCAAGAAUAGCGCGGGACGAAUUGAUAUCAUCACUGACGUUGUGGGUCGGCGGCCGACUCGCGUGGAUGGGAUGAGGAUCGAGGCAGAGGUGAGACAGGAGGGAGGGGAAACGAGGUCCGUCGUCCAUGCUUAUGGCGCUGGGGGAAGAGGAUAUGAACUCUCCUGGGGCAUUGCUGGGGAUGUGGCUGAAUUGGUGGGAAGGGAGCUUCGGGAACAGAGCAAACCUGUGUCGAGAUUGUAAUAUGGAUUUAUACGAAUACGAUCCGAAGUGGAAUAUGCUUUUGAUCCAUCCCUCAUUAUCACUCCGCAUGUCACGAUACUGAGGUAUGGUGGCCUGUUCUGCCCGUACUGACUGCUGGUUCACGUGACCUGAGAGGGAGAUUGUUAGUACACGUGAGAUUCUGCCGUCCUAGACCGCCCUCGCUACCUAUCUCACGGCACAGGCAGGCCUACCUAGUAAUACGACCAUACAUGCGCCUAUCCAUUAGAGAUAUGUUGGAUCACGUGUUAUUCUGCCGCAUAGGUCCGCCCUCGCUGACCCUUUUCACCACGUAGACCUAUCUAGCUAGUUACCAAGCAACGAUAUACCUCCAUUAGCCAAGCCGCCAUACCACGUGACCUUUUCCA